CGGACCAGCUCGGUUUAGCUUGACUGGCUAUAUCCCGACGAAAGACGCUUGUUUGUGUGAAAUAUAUGUGAUAAAAACGUCCUCACUGAAUCUCCCAGACCAUCUCGGGAAGGAUGUCGCUUUUACUUGUUUGCUGUGAAGCUCUGUGAUUAUUUCCAGCCGACAUUUGCAGCUCGUUAUACGGAGCACCAUGGAGCUAAAGCAGCAGAGAGGAAAGACCUGGUUAUCGUUUGUGGACACUUCCUCCUUCAUUGUGAUCCAGCUGAGGACAGAGAGACUGGAGGCAGUUUCAGAGUGAACCCAGAAAGACUGACCCAAGCAAAAUAACUGAAGACCCAUCUUAUAUGGAGAAUCUCAAGUGGAGCGAGGAUGUCUGAGAUGAUGAAGGGUGAAGCAGAUGAACCUGGAGGGUCCAGUUUGGAGGCUCCCAUUUCUGCAGGAUCCACAUCAGAACUGGAGGAGGAAACACAAGACAAGAAAGAUCUCAUGUUGCCACUCCAUCAGAUGUUGGUGAUUAAAGAGGUUCCUCAUGACUGGACCCCCAGUUUGAGCCAGCAGGACCCGGUCAGCCCCCUCAUAAAGGAGGAAGAGGAAGAUUUGUGGAUCAGUCAGGAGGAAGAGCAACUUACUGUGAAGAUUGAAGAUGAAGAGAAACCUGAAUUAUCAGUGAUGUAUUGCAACAAAAUUGAAGACAACAUGGAGGCGGCAGCUUUAACCACUUGGUCAGUUGAACAGAUGGAAACAGAAUCUAAUGGAGAAGACUGUGGAGGACCAGAACCAGACAGGAACCAAGAUCCAGUAGACUCUUGUCAAGAAAAUAAGAAAAAUGUUAAAUUAGGUACAAGAGGCAGAAGAGCUAAGAGUUCCAAACAUACAGCUCAGACUGGAGUCCAUGUAAGAGAGGAGCUAUACUGUUGCAGUGUUUGUGGUAAACGUUUCAAACAUAAGACUUCUGUUAAAAUCCAUAUGAUGAUUCACACUGGAAAGAGAACACAUUACUGUGCUCUUUGUGGUAAAGGAUUUAUUGGAAAGUGCCGUCUUCAGACACACAUGCGACUCCACACUGGAGAGAAACCAUUUGUAUGUGAGUAUUGUGGUAAAGCGUUUCAUGCAAAGAACUUUCUUAAGACUCACGCAAUAAUCCAUUCAGAAGAAAAACCUUUUUCUUGUGAGGUUUGCGGUAGAAGAUUUCAUAGGAAGGAUAGUAUUAAACAGCACAUGAGGAUCCACACGGCAGAAAAACCAUUUGUCUGUAGUGUUUGCAACAGAACGUUUGCACAAGAUGUUGUUCUAAAGAGACAUAUGCAUGUUCACACAGGACAUAAGCAGUUUACCUGUAGUGUUUGCAGUAAAGGUUUUUCCCAACAAAAUGUUCUCCAGAGCCACCUGCGCAUUCACACAGGAGAGAAACCAUUUAUUUGUAGCGUAUGCAGUAAAGGAUUUUCCUUACAAAAUGUACUGAAGAGACACAUGCGUAUUCACACUGGUGAAAAACCAUUUAUUUGUAGCGUCUGUAGUAAAGGAUUUUCACGACAAGAGAAUCUGAGGAAUCACGCCCGUGUUCACACUGGAGACAGACCGUUCGUUUGCACUGUUUGUUCGAAAAGAUUUUCUCGACAAGGAUAUUUGAAAAAACACAUGGAAGUUCACGCUUCGCCGUUUAGCUGUAGUGAGUGUAGUGAACGCUUUGUGAAAGAAAUCCAGUUGGAGCGACACAUGAGGCUUCACACAGAGGAGAGGCCAUUUAGCUGUGACGUCUGUAAAAACAGAUUUUUUCGGAUGUGUCAUCUUAAAAACCACUUGCGAGUACAUUCAGGAGAAAAACCAUAUGUUUGCAGUGUUUGUUGUAAAGCAUUUUCGCAACAGAUCAUUCUAACAAGGCACAUGCAUGUCCACACAAGAGAGAAGCCGUUUGUUUGCAGUGUUUGCAAUAAAUCGUUUUCACGACGCGGAGAUCUGAAGAGCCACAUGCAUGUUCAUGAAGAGUGCAACUAAUUGUGUUUUUGAAAAACACAUUUCCACUUUAGUUAGUUGUGCUUAAUGUGAUUUAAGGGGCGUGUGCCUUAAAUCACAUUAAUUGUUAUUCAAUUUCAAUGUUAUUCUUGGACUGAAAUUUGUUGAAGGGCUUUUAUUGAAAGCACUCACUGCAUUGAGUGUUUCAAUAUUUGAGGCUGAUUUCAUCUCAUGUUCUCAUUUUUAGUAAUCCACUUGAAAUGUUACAUAUCAUCUGUUCAUAUUUUUAGUUUUAUGCGACAUGGCCGAAAUAUUUGUUUUGGUGCUUCAGGUUCAAAUCAUUCAUAGUGUGUGUACAUAAUCUACUGUUUUGAAAUAUACUGAAACCUAUUAAAUACAUAUUUCUAAGUCUAAGUAUG